AUGGUUCGAGGCCACGCCAAGCAGCAGGCUCAGGAAGCAGCCAAGAAGAAAGCCGACGCGGUCAAAGGCGGCAAAUCACAGCUGGGCGAAGCGAGGCAGAAGGGCCUCAAGUUUUCCUGUCCCACGUGCAAGGGUCAGAGCCCCAACUACAAGGUGCUGAGAGAACACUUUGAAAACAAACAUCCGAAGGAAACGUGUCCUCCGGAAAGCUCAUUCACUGCAUAG